UCUUACCGCGCGCGCUCCUCAUAGGACGCUCGCCCUCGAGAGCGCUCCGCGUCUGGGAGACAAUGAAGCAGGGUCUGCAGGACUUCCACAAUGGGAGGAGUAUGACAUCCUUGCCGAGCCCUGCCCACUAACAGAGAAAUAUAUAAGGUGGAGCAGGGACAGGCAGCUACUCAAACCUUAAAUCAUUCCCAAAAAUAAAUAAAUAACCUUUUGCCACACUCACUUUUAGUAAACCCACUGGCAUUUCAUGAAUUGGACAAAAGUGAUUCAUUUUUACUUGAUCAAACUGAAAAGAAUAUUUUUUCACAUAUUUUGAGCUAACGAAGCCUUUUUUGAAGCGGCGCCAGAACAUUUGUCCCGAUGGCAGUGGACACUGACUUUGCUGUGAAGAGCAGCAGCAUCAUGCGAGAGUGGGGUGGACAGGUCCAGCCAGCUCUUGUUGCAUCUUUCAUCUUCCUCUUUUGUCUGGAAGCCUGCCUCUGGUUCAGGAACCUGAGGCUUAAGAGAAGACUGCCGGGACCCUUCGCCUGGCCCGUGGUGGGCAACGCCAUGCAGCUGGGCCAGAUGCCUCACAUCACCUUCGCCAAACUGGCCAAAAAAUAUGGUAACGUGUACCAGAUAAGACUGGGCUGCAGUGACAUUGUGGUCCUGAACGGAGAAAGGGCCAUCCGUCAGGCUUUGAUCCAGCACAGCAGGGAGUUUGCCGGCAGGCCAAACUUUCUCUCCUUCCAGAUGAUCUCAGGAGGAAGAAGCCUGACAUUUACUAAUUACAGCAAAGAGUGGAAAGCGCAUCGGAAAAUUGCCCAGUCCAGCCUGAGAGCCUUCUCCUCUGCAAACAGUCAGACCAAAAAAGUCUUUGAGCUGCACGUCAUGGCUGAGGCGAUGGAACUGGUGGAAGCAUUUUUGAGACACGGCGCAGAUGGACAAUAUUUCGACCCGUCUCAUGAGCUCACGGUCGCCGCCGCGAACGUUUUGUGCGCUCUUUGCUUCGGGAGGCGAUACGGGCACGACGAUGUGGAGUUCAGGACCAUGUUGACAAGAAUAGACAAGUUUGGAGAGACGGUUGGAGCGGGCAGCCUGGUUGACGUGAUGCCCUGGCUCCAAUCCUUCCCCAACCCGGUCCGCAGCAUCUACGAAAACUUCAAGAAUCUCAACGAGGAGUUCUUUGCCUAUGUGAAAGGUAAAGUGGUGGAACACAGAGAGUCCUUCGAUCCGGACGUGACCCGGGACAUGAGCGACGCCAUCAUCAACGUGAUCGAGCACGGAAAAGAAAGCGUACUGACGAAAGAGUUCGUAGAAGCCACGGUGACCGAUCUGAUCGGAGCCGGCCAAGACACGGUCUCCACAGUCAUGCAGUGGAUCAUGCUCCUGCUGGUCAAAUAUCCCGAGGAGCAGGCAAAGCUGCAUGACCUCAUCGACAAAGUGGUGGGCCCGGACAGACUGCCCUCAACCGAGGACCGCGGCGGCUUGGCAUACCUGGACGCCUUCAUCUACGAGACCAUGCGCUUCACCAGCUUCGUCCCCAUCACCAUCCCCCACUCCACCACUUCAGACGUCACCAUCGAAGGCCUCAGCAUCCCCAAAGACACGGUGGUCUUCAUCAACCAGUGGUCGGUCAACCACGACCCCCUGAAAUGGAAGGACCCGCAUAUCUUCGACCCCUCACGCUUCCUGGGUGAAAACGGAGCCCUCGAUAAGGACGUCAUCAACAGCGUCAUGAUUUUCUCGAUAGGUAAGAGGCGCUGCAUCGGCGACCAGAUCGCCAAGGUGGAAAUGUUUUUGUUCACGGCGGUCUUGCUGCACCAGUGCAGCUUAGAGAGCGACCCCUUGCAGCCCCUCACCCAGGAUUGCUCCUACGGGCUCUCGUUGAAGCCCCUCAGGUAUUGUGUCACCGCUAAGCUCAGAGGAAAAUUGCUCGGCUUGGUUUCCCCAGCGUGAACUGCAUGCUAUCGGCAAGGUGACUCAUGGCCAGCAGAGACUUCUCCACACAUCCACACCGGUGACAUUUUAACAGUGCGUACUAGCAUACCUGCACUCAGUCUUCUUGUAAAAUUUUCCUAUUUAAUGUAUUUAAACAUGCGUUGGUAGUGUGGGAGUGUCAAACAGGUAGAAUUUAGGCCAGUGGACUUUUUGCAUCAAUGCAAAAGAUUGAAAACAGUUCUCCAAUUUUUCUACACAGUAUUAAGAGUUUAUUAUUAUUAAUUAUUAUUAUAUUAUUGUUUGCAUGAAUAUGUACGAUCUGCACAGGCGCAUCUACCGACCUUUAAUGUCCAUUUAAGCGAAUAUUGUCAUAAAUGCUCGCGAAUGUUAACAGUCACUUGUUGACUCAAUGUUCUCAGUCAUAAUAUCGAAAAAUAUAUUUAACCUUUUGUGCUUUUACAACGUGGUUUGAUAAGGUCUGGGUAAUACGGUUAUCUGUCUACUAUCAUCUACUGUAUUCAUAAAACAUGUGAAGACAUCGGACAAAAAGGGAUGAUAAGAGUGGAAACGAGAACUUGGAAGUGAAGAGGAAGUCUUUUAUCAACCUCCAUGAGAGAAAAUGCAUGUAAACUUUUGUAUCGCUAGUGUUCCCCCCUGAGCACCGCCUGCCAAACAUCGCUCCCACCAAUACGCAGCACAGAUGUGCGCCAUGUUCCUUUUUUUUCCUCUCUCUCUCUCUCUCUCUCUCUCUCUCUCUCUCUCUCUCUCUCUCUCUCUCUCUCUCUCUCUCUCUCUCUCUCUCUCUCUCUCUCUCUCUCUCUCUCUCUCUCUCUCUCUCUCUCUCUCUCUCUCUCUCUCUCUCUCUCUCUCUCUCUCUCUCUCUCUCUCUCUCUCUCUCUCUCUCUCUCUCUCUCUCUCUCUCUCUCUCUCUCUCUCUCUCUCUCUCUCUCUCUCUCUCUCUCUCUCACUCCCCCCAUGAGGCAUUAUCAUGACUGUGUUUGUUUACAAAGUUUUCAAAGCCACACGGAUGUUCCCGCAUCGUCUUUAGGCCUGCACGCUCCGCCCAGGUCGAUCUUCUGCAACCAACUACUUAGCGGAGGCUUGGUGUGACGAACAAAAAAUAAGCUGUACCUGAAAUGAAUGCUGAUAAUAACAAUAAAGAAAGGGUGAAUGUUU